AUGUACAUGAUCGGGGUCUGUACGGCUGCGUUUGGAACGCUCGGCCUCAUGCGGUUUUUCGGCAUGCCCUGGCUGUGGAGCGUGGCGGCUGCUCUGGGCAUCUACAUCGGCUGCGGCGGCUGGAGAUUUCUCCGGAUCAUCUUUAAGACGGCCUUGAGGGAUCUCCUGGGCCUAUCAGUGCUUAUUCAGGUCAAGUAUGAAUUGUACCGUCAUCGGAAAGCCAACAGCAACGUGCCCAAGAUCUUCCGGGAUGUGGUCCGCCGGCACCCGGAGAAAGCGGCCCUGAUCUACGAGGCCACCGACGACAAGUGGACCUACCGGCGCCUGGAUGAGUUCUCCAACGCCGUGGCCAACUUCUUCUCCGAGCAGGGCUUCCUCCCGGGUGACGUCGUCGCCAUCUUUAUGGAGAGCCGCCCGGAGUUUGUGGGCUUCUGGCUCGGGAUGGCCAAAGUGGGCAUCGAGGCCGCCCUGAUCAACUUCAACUUGCGCCUCGAUUCGCUGCUGUACUGCGUGAAGACCUCAGGGGCAAAAGCCCUCAUCUUCGGCGGGGAGCUGUCGGAAGCGGUGUCCGAGGUGAACGGCAUGCUGGGGAAAAAUAUGGUCAAGUUCUGGACCGGAGACAUAAGCCCUGACUCCAUCACUUCGGACACCAGGCACCUGGAUCCUCUUCUGGCUCUGGCCUCAAAAUCUCCUCCAGCUCAGGUUUCAGCAAAGGGACUGGACGAUCGACUGUUCUAUAUCUACACCUCGGGCACGACUGGAAUGCCAAAGGCUGCCAUCGUAGUGCACAGCAGAUAUUACCGAAUAGCAGCUUUUGGAUAUUAUGCCUACAGAAUGACUCCUGACGACAUAGUGUAUAACUGCCUGCCCCUGUACCAUUCAGCAG